AUGUCCGUCAAAUUCGAGAAGGAGGUGAAAGCCGAAGUCAAGGCCGUGGCCCAGGCCGGCGAGGAUCUCGCGCAUAAGGUCGGCGAAAAGCUGACCGGCGGCAAGACCCCGAAUGGCUACCUGGCGGCAUAUCUCAAGCACCUCCAGGAGAACCCUCUCCGCACCAAGAUGCUCACCUCGGGCUCUCUCUUCGCGCUCCAGGAGCUGCUCGCCUCAUGGAUCGCCCACGAUCGCAGCAAAAAUGGCCAUUACUUCAACUCUCGGAUACCCAAGAUGGCUGUCUACGGCGCGUUCAUCAGCGCCCCGCUAGGCCACUUCUUAAUCGGCAUCCUGCAGAGGGUUUUUGCCGGUCGUUCUAGUUUGAAGGCAAAGAUUCUGCAGAUUCUAGCCAGCAAUCUCAUCAUUUCCCCGAUCCAAAAUGUCAUCUAUCUGGCAUCAAUGGCCCUUAUCGCCGGUGCGCGUACCUUCCACCAGGUCAGAGCGACAGUGAAGUCUGGCUUCUUCCGUGUCAUGAAGGUCAGCUGGAUCGUCUCGCCACUCUCGCUGGCGUUUGCCCAGAAGUUCCUCCCUGAACAGACCUGGGUGCCAUUCUUCAACAUUGUUGGCUUCAUUAUUGGCACCUACAUCAAUGCCCAUACCAAGAAGAAGAGACUUGAAGCCUUGAGACGCAAGCAAUAUGGCUCUGGCAAGAGCUCCACCGGACGGCCUGAGGACUACCCACCACCGCCACCAACAACAAGACCCAACUACUAG